AAACAUCUGGAAACUGGAGUAACACAAUCCCUCUCUACGGAGCAGAACUGCAGAAGAUCAAUCGUCUCCUCCGAUCGCCUUCCCGGUGGAGAGCCAUCAGAAUUCAGUAUUGCUAUGGCGAAACCUGCGGUGAGGCGUCACGCACCUGCAAGGGAUCGGAUCAGCCAACUCCCGAUAGAGAUACUCGACCAUAUUAUGGGCCUCUUGCCUGUUCAACAAGCUGCUAAAACUGCAGUUCUGUCCAAGGUUUGGAGAGAUGUGUGGUUCAGUCUCACGCGUUUGUGCUUUGAUCAUGACUUCUUUAGUUACUUCCAUAAAAAAUAUCGGCGGGCUAGCAAAUAUGUCAAGAAAUCUUCAUGUUUGUAUGUAAUCAACAAAGUUCUGUUGCAGCACAAGGGGCGUAUCCGGAAAUUUGUCUUUCUGUAUGGUAAUGCCGGGAAACUUACCGUUAGGUCUCGGUCAUUUGACAUGGAUCAAUGGUUGCUUUUAGUCAUGCGAAAGGGCGUUGAAGAUAUCCACAUUCUUUUUGGAUAUAACGAAUACAAGCUUCCGAGUUUCAUAUUUUCAUGCUCCACACUCAGGACAUUACGCCUUGAUGGGUUGUCUAUUCAACCACAAAAUUCCCCGUGCUCUUUACGGAAUCUUUCCACACUUUGUUUUGCAAAUGUUAAAUUUGUUCCUAGGCAUCUCGCAAACUACACUCUUGAUGUUCCUAAGCUGGAGAAUCUAGUGUUUAAAUACUGUGAGGAUAUGUUUCACUUCAACAUUACUGCUAGAAAACUUUGCAGUUUGAAAGUCGAUUGUUGUCCUGGUAAGGAAGUGGGCAAAUUUCUCCCGGUCAACUUGGACUUGACAUCCAUUUGCACCCUUGAUUUGGACUAUUACACUCUUGAGUACAUUAUUGGCCAAUAUACUACAAAGGAACUCUUGCUACAACUCCCUGCACUAAAUGUGGAACUGCUCAAGCUAUCCGGUUUUUGUUUCCAUGACGAUGCUAGGACUUCUGCAUUUAUAUGCUUGCUUAACAAAUGCCCAAAGCUAUGCAAUCUUGAAAUAAGUUUCACACCUGAGUGGGGAGAGGAUAUCAACAAGUGUGUAGAUGCUGAAUCGAAGCGUUUGAAAAAUCUUCGUAGAGUGCUACAAACACACAAAAUGCUUCUAAUUUUGCAGCUUAGCUCGUUCUCUGGACUGAGGCCCCAAAUGCAUUUCAUUCAAGAGAUGCUUGCCUGUCUUCCCGCACUUGAAAAGUGGGGAGAGGAUAUCAACAAGUGUGUAGAUGCUGAAUCGAAGCGUUUGAAAAAUCUUCGUAGAGUGCUACAAACACACAAAAUGCUUCUAAUUUUGCAGCUUAGCUCGUUCUCUGGACUGAGGCCCCAAAUGCAUUUCAUUCAAGAGAUGCUUGCCUGUCUUCCCGCACUUGAAAAGGUUAUCAUCAGUCGUUCUUAUGGGUUUGAUUGGAGCAAGAAACAUGAAACUUUGGAAGAAAUAUUGCAUUUUCCACGUGCAUCUGCGAAAGCUAAACUCGUCUUCCCAAGUUGAAUCUACCUCUACUAAUUUACUUUUGUUGGUGUGGUUUGUAGUACUUACCGAUAUGCGAAAUGGUAGGAAUGGUAAAUUUUUGCAAGUAUGCCAAUUUUGUAUGAAUGACUUUGACAUGGCCAAUGGAUGGGUUUUGAGACAAAUGCAACGGAAACUUGCUUUUAAGUGAUUUGAUAAUUAGGGGUAAAUAUUGUCAUUUGAGCUUUUUUCUCAAUCGGUUAGUGCGUGUCUAGCUUAGAUGACAAUGAAAGACUGUAAAAGGC